UAUUUAUUUUAAAUAAUGUUAUGGUGGCCAGCUUGUAUCACAUGAUUUACGUAAUUUAGACUGACUUGUACCAAUUAAUAGCCAUUUUAAAAUGAUAUAAUUAUCAUUAAAAAACUUUGUAUUGGUAUUUGUGUCAACAGUUAUGAUGAAUAAAAUAUUUGCAGUGGUAUUUUCAAAAACAGUGGCAUCAUCCAUCCGUAUUGGGUAUGGCAAUAGAAAGAAGUGAAUGGGAACGAGAUCUUGGCGUAGAGCGCUGCUAAAUAAUGUCUUCUUUUAUUACAUCUAAAUAUUGUUUUCUUGUUGUAAUUGGCGGCAUUUUGUGUGAACAUUUAAAAAAGAAAAUGUGAUGAAGACCUUGUUUAAUGCGAUACUGUCUAAAAUAUCAUGAUAAGAAACAGAAGGUGAAUUUGUGUUGAACAUCCGUGUUCAUAUUUCUGUUUUUACAUGUAGUAGUAGUCUUAUAGCUAGUAUGUUUCUAAUGUUCUAGUAUGUUUUGCCUUUUUUGAUACUUUGAUAACUAACACAUUGCAGAAUUCUAUACAGCUAUUUCUUAAGUUGGAGAACAUGCAAGUUUAGCGAGUAUUUUUGAGUCCAGUCCCACACUCUUUGCAAUUAUCAUCAUCCUUCAUUACUGUUUACUUUGUACAGUAUAUACAAAUGUGUACUUUUGGGUAAUUGCGCAACAUUAACUUUUAUUUUAGAUAUAUUUCAGAUAGUCAUGUUGUACUUGACAGUGUGGGAACUUUUCUGUUGUUAUCUACAUUGUUUAUCACUCACAUGUUGACGUGUGUUUUUUUUUUUCUGUAACUGUCACAAAACUUGUUUUUAUAAUAACAAAUGCUAAUCAUUUGAUUGUAACAAAGAUAUUUAAUUUCAGAGCCUCUGAUUAACGGAGAGUCUAUCAGUAGUGUAACUGCUGUUUUUUGUUCCAAUUAUUUGGAAGCCUUUUCCAGCUCUUAAUUAGAAUCUUCAAUUAAUGUCUAUAUUUUCAUAUGUUUGCCUUUAACCUGAGUUAAAGUAACAUGACUUUGCUGGAUGUUUCCUAGAAAUGUUUAAGGUGUGCUUGAGUAUAGGUUAACUGCCCUAAAAAGCACACAUUUGGUAUUUUUGAAGUAUUUUCUUUUUCUUGCCAUAUAUUAAUAUGCUCCAGAAAUAUAAGUUGUUAAAUAAAGUGUUAUGUAUAAUUAAAAUAAAGCACAAAUACUGCAUCUCCCACAGUAGCUUGUAAUGGUGGUCUGUUGGGCAACAGAGAACAUAUGAAUCAAAAUCCUUAAAACUGGAAUAUAACUGUUUGCCAGGGACAGAAGAGGUAUAGCAAUUGCAUGUGAUGAAUGGAUUUAGAAGGGUGCUUGCUUCCAAAAGGAACUCGCCCUGUUAACUAAAGGGCUUCACCAUGCCACUGUAGAAAAACAGCCAUCGGGGAAGUGUGCUCAAAUUGUUAUGAUACAGUUAAUAAACUUGUCCAAUUUGCAGAUGACACCAAAACUAGAGCGAGAGCUGAUCCUGAGCAGAGAGCAAAACAAUUUUGAAACUGAGCAAACACUUGGGAGAAGUAUAUGUAGGCCAAAGAAAUCUUAAAUUAUAAAUACAAGAUGGGCGAUGUUGGCAUUAUCUCUGUAAAUCAUGUAGGGGUUUGCUUUGAUGCAAAAUUCUCAUUAUGUACACAAUAUGCACAAGCAAUUAAAAGAACAAAAAAUUGUAAAAACUGAUCUAUAUAAUUAUAGAACUGUUAUGCUCAGCCUGUAUAAUGUACUAGUGAGAAUGCAUCUGAGGUGUUUUGUACAUUUCAGGUCACUAUCCUACAAAAAAGACAAAGCAGCACCUAGAAGCUGCAGAGCAAAUACCAGCCAAGUGCAUCUUGAAACUAAAAGGCAUGUCCCACUGAUAUAGGCUAAAGGAAGUACAUUUCUGUAAUCUUAAAAAGAGACACCUGCAUGGUGCCCCUAAUCCUGGGAUUCAAAACUCACAGAGGCAUCGAUGGAGUUGAUUUAGCAGAAUUAUUUCAGUUAAAUAAUGGGUUGCACUCUCAAGAACACCAGUGGAAAUAAAUUAGAGUUCAGCCAAAAAACGUUUUUCAUUGUGACAGUCGAAACUAUAUAGUCAUGCAGCUGAAGCACAACUCUUUGGCCAUGUUUAAAUCUAAUCCAUAUGAAAUACUGAGGCAACUAGAUGUUACACAACUAAAUGAGCUAGAUGGACUGAAUGGUGUCCUCUUGCUUGUUAGACAUCUUUAUGUUUGAAGAAUUGUUCAGCAUAUGCUGAAAUUAUGUAGAGGUCAUGGGGAUACUUGCUGGAGAAUCACAGCAGAUUAACAGGUAGGAGUAACAGCUUCCUAAUUAUUGCAGUACAUAUCACUGCAUUGUGCAUUAACUAGUUGUUUAUGUAAUGCAAGCUACAUUGUAGGCAUCAAGUAAGAAAUAAGACAGAAGAAUGGAGGAAUAGCUGAGCCCAUCAUAAAAACAUCUGUUUGAGGAAAACUUGGGAGUAUGCAGAAAGCAACUGGAACACGCAAACUCCAUACAUACUGUAUCGCCCAGCACCACCUACCCCAAUACUUUUUGGUUAUAAAUCUCUUUUAGUUUAGUUUUCUGGUAACAUUAAAAUAAUUCACCAUGUCAUUAACAUGAUACUACAUGUAAUAAGAUUUUUCUGCCGCCUGAUUUAUCCAGUCCUCUCCACAUUCUCACCUAAAUGUAAUAAGCAUACUAUACUUGUAACCAAAAGAAAAUAAGCACUGAAGAGAUAGAAAAUGUCUAAUUUCUAUUAUCUAAGAUUGCUGUGGUAGUUAAAAAAGAAGAGAGCAAUUCAGUAGGGGCCUUCUGUGAAUUACAGGAUAGCUGGACACACCCAAUUUAAAUAAGCUUUAAUUUAGUCCCUUUUCAGAUAGUAUGACAUACAGUAUUAUUUUAACUAGUACAAGGUGGAGGUUUAUGUGUGAUUUUCCAAACUGACAGAAUUGUAUGACUUGCUAAAAACCAGUAGGUUAGUAUUUUAAGAAUCAGUGUUACAUUAAAGUCAAUUAGUGAAGGAGGAUUUGUUUAGGUUUGAAUGAAUUCUUGCAGCACGUGGAAAAUGAAUCUCCAAGAAGAUUUAAGUGAAGUGGGGAAAAAAAAAAAGAAUUGUGACCACUGGAGUCUAGUGCUUGGCAGUUACUCUCACUCAUUAGAUCGAAUACUCGAAGAGUAUGAGUGUAUAUACAUGUUGGCACCAGUAGUGUGGGAUAUGGUUCAUACCAAAGUCUCAUUUCUGUAGCAUUCGCUACACAUUAAGACAUCUGAAAGCCUGGAGAGACCAAACCCUUACUUAUGAGAAGCAACUGCCUCAGCCAUAGCACAGUAAGGUGAGGUGAUUUGAUCGUGAUCACAAAGUGUCAAUAGCAGGGACCCAAGUCUAUAGCUUUAACCACUACGCCACACUGCCUUCAGUGGAUGGAUUUAGUAAUUGCUUGAUUCCAGGGAACUGCUGAUCUUAAUGGAGUUGCUGACAAGUAGAAUGUUUGGCCAGAAGACAGCAUGAUGGUAAUAAUGAGCAUUUGGAAUUUCAAGUACAGUGUUUGACUUAGGUAGUGGGCGAGCCAGGACAAGAAUACAGAAUAAAUACAGUUUGGUUUACCAUUUUGUGUUCUUCUUCCUUUUGUAUGUUUUAGUCAAUAUGAAGUUUAUUUUACAAACAUCAGUGCUUUAUCAUUGGCACUGUUUUUCUAGUCUUGUUCUGUAUUUUUUUACUUUUACCCUCCUGUUAUCUUCCAUGCACAUUCAUUGUUGAUAUCCCUGUGAUCAUCCAUUUGUGUUACAGUGACUUUUAACUGGACUUUAUAUAUUAAUAUUUUCCAUGCUUUGUUAUGGAAAGGAACUUAACUCAUAAAUGUGUUGUUUUGUAAUAUAAUGCAUUUCUUCUUAAUUUUUACAGAAAACUGCAGUGAUGCCUAACGCAGGUGUGUCAUGACCCCAAUCAAGUUCAUUUUGAAACCUAUUUAUACAGUGUGAUCUGGACAUGUGUUUAAUUAGGACUGCAUAAUGAUAGACUCCAAGAGCUAGGAGGAGGUAUGCAUCACUCAACUACUUUAUAUGGUUCCAACCAAGCAGCUGUAAAGCAAUUUCCUUCACUAAGUGGACCCACAUAAUUCAGAUUCUGGACCUGACACCAGCACAGAGGCAAUGGAUCAUGAUUAUAUCAACCCAUUUGUGCAUUACGUUCACUUAUCUUUCUGGCAGAAAGUGAAGAUGGUACUGCUGGGCCUGGUGCUGGUUCCAGUCAGAGCAGUGCUGUCUUCCAUAUUCUUUUUACUGCUGUGGCCUUUUUGUCUGCUGAAGAUUUUGGGUCUAAGUUCAGAACAGAUGUCUUCACCUAUCACUGGCUGGAGAAGGUCAUUCACACAUGUGGCGAUAUGGCUCUUGUGUCGAAUUUUUUUUUUUUUCUUGGGCUUUAUCAGAAUAAAAGUGAAAGGCCAACGGGCUUCAUCGACAGAAGCUCCCAUUCUUGUAGCAGCGCCUCAUUCAAGUUUCAUGGAUGCUGUUGUGGAAAUACCGUGUGACCUUGCCAGUGUAAUGUCACGCUCGGAGAAUCUCAGUAUUCCUGUGCUGGGAGCACUGCUGCGCUUCAGUCAGUCUAUUUUGGUGUCACGACAAGAUCCAGAGUCACGAAGGAAAGGUGUAGAGGAGCUCAAACGAAGAGUCUGCUCUGCUGGCCGGUGGUCUCAAAUCCUUAUUUUUCCAGAGGGUACCACAACCAAUGGGAAAGCUCUUAUUAAAUUUAAACCUGGGGCCUUCAUCUCUGGUGUGCCUAUUCAACCGGUGCUCAUACGUUAUACAAACAAACUGGAUACAGUGAGGUGGACUUGGAAAGGAAUUAACUGCUUGCAGGUUCUACUUUACACCUUGUCCCAGUUCUACACAAAUGUUGAGAUUGAGUUUUUGCCUGUUUAUUACCCAGAUGAAGAUGAAAAGUCCAACCCUGUUCUCUUUGCAAGCAAUGUUCAAAGGUUAAUGGGAAAGUCUUUGGGAGUUCCUGUAACAGAAUUUGAAUUUGAAUCCAAAAUGCCAGUCUUUUGCAUUGGAAAGCUAAAACUGCCUCUUGAGCCAAAAGUAAGGGAGUUGGAGGCUGUGCUUCAGUUUUCCAGCCAUGGGCAACAUAAUUUACAAAUGAACUUAGAAGAGCUGAUUGAAAAGUGUCAUAAAGGUGUGGGCCCGAGGCUGAGAAUGGAGCAGUUCAGUUCCUUGAUAAACACACUACCAGAAAAUGUCAUCCAGAAAAUAUUCAGCAUUUUUGGCAAGGGUCCUGAAGAACAUCUCGACUUAAGAGUAUUUGUUGUUUGCUUGGCUGUCACAGAUCGAAGAUGGGCUGUGGAUGAAGUGCUGGAACUGGCUUUUAAACUUUUUGAUGGUGAUAGAAAAGGCUACCUGUCAGAAGAUGAGUUUGCCUCAUUUCUGCAGUCUUUACUGACCUGCCCUGACUUAGACUCCGCAGAGAUAUUUCAGGAGACGUACAAGAAACAACAAUCCAGACUGACUUUGGAAGAAGUCAAGGAGUUAUUUAAGUCUCAGCAGUACCGGAGACUUUUUACAUGUUACCUGAGGCCUUUGUCUACAAUGCCAGAGAAGUCAAGCUCCUCUCUGAGACAUAUGACAGCUCUGGAAAGUGACGGGUCACAAAAAAUGAAGGCCGUGUCCAGUAGAGGUGAAUCAAGUGGAGGUGUCCCAGAUGAUAAAAAGGGACACUGAAAUAUUCACAGCCUCUACGAAAUUGUUAAUGCUGCUAGAAUGUAAGCCACAAAAUACAGAAAUUUGUGCACAAACAGUAUUUUCUAAUUUUGUACAUAUUUAAAUUUUUUAUUUUUUAAAAGAAAUAUUCUACUUUUGCAAAGGAACAAUAUUCUCAGGGUUAACUUACAGGUGCAUUCAGGUAUAGUAGCGUUCUUUUAUAUUUGAUGAUCAUUUUUUUCUAAUGUUUCUUAUUGUGUAAAAUGUGUUAUAUGUUAUUUUUAUGGUGCUGCAAAGAAAUUUGAUUUAUUAAAAAUACGUUUUAUAGAAAUAUGUCCUUUUAAUAAUACAUGUUAUAAUGCUGCUCAUUUAUAGAAUCUUCUAUUAAAGACAACAUUAUGAUGGAAUUAAGAGCAAUGUUCAGCAGCACGUUUAUUUUCAAGCUGUCAUACUGUGCAAUAGGGCUGUUACACUCAAUACCACUUUGAAUGUCUUUGAUUGUGUUUUGUAGACUGAAUAUUCAGAACUAAAUUAAAUCUUGAAUGUUUCGCU